GAGGUUUCGGAAGGUUUCGGCUCGGCAGGUUUCGGGCAGUUUCGGAAGGUUUUCGGAUCUCUGACGGAGGUUUAAGUUAGCUCCACAGCUAAUCCCAAAAGUCACGUCACCUGUGCGGACUCGAUUAAAAAGUUUCGCGGUGAAUCUGAGGCAGCUGCGGGAGUUCAGGCUGUUUGCUCCUAAAAAAACUUUGUGUUGCGUGUUUUUUUUUGCGGGACUCGUAUUUUCUCUGGCUUUCACGCAACCUGAACAUUUGCGUUUUCGGGACAGCUGCGGGUUUUAAAUGAAGCUCAGCCCCGCACACGCACUCGGUUAAAGAGUAAUAUCGGAGGGAAAUGCGGUAAAGAGGAGGCGGCUCGCUGCUCUGGGUCUGCUGCUGCACUGAGGCCUGCGGGUCGGGCUUCCACCGGGCUCGAGUAGAGCCCGACGCCGCCGUCGGAGGGUCGGAGGCCGGCAGUGCGCGCUGCCGCCGCCGGGCCUGCGCACCGCGGGAUGGAACGGAUGGAAGUGGACCAGUGCGCAGGCGCAGCUGGAGGGGCAGGAGGCGGGGCUCUCCGCAGGUCCAACAGCGCCCCCAUGAUCACCAGCGUCAGUGACGGGAUGACGGUCUUCAGUCCGGUCGUCUCGGCUCGAUACCGACGCAGCAGCGUGUCCAUCAACCCCAGCUGUCCUUCACAGCUCGUCCCUCUGUCUCCUUUCUCUCUGACCGCAGACAGACUCGACCACAAGAGGCAGGAGGAGAACAUGGAGAUGAUGCUCAGAGGAAGUCUGCAGAGAUUAAGUGCUUCCAGUCUGAUCCCAGUUCCUCCAGUCAGUCAGUGGCACGAUCACGCUCCUGUGUGGUUUCAGUCGCAGGACAGCGGAGUCACACCCAACUCCUCCCCCAGUCCCACCAGGAGGUUCAGACCAACAGUCAGCGCUACUGUGAGAUGGCCGGCUUUAACGCCACUCAAGAGGAAAGGCGGUGUGGAGUCUGACGGUCCACCCAAGAAGCUGUUCGUUGCCGGGGUAACAGAUCCCGCCCACCGCAGCAGCUACACAGUGAGCGUCUCUCAGUCGACGGCGGACUCUCCACCAGCAGGAGGCGUCAGUCCUCAGUCCAGCCCUCUGUCUCUGUCUCCUCCUCCCUCCUUCACCCCCUUCACCUCCCACCAGCACCCCGGACAUUAACCCCCCCC